AGCAAUCACAUUUUCUGAAUCAACACAUACUCUUACACUACUUCAGCAACAUAUUCAACCAUGAAAUCAAUUGCCACUCUGAGCUUUUCUAUAUGGUUAGUUUCCAUGGCCAUAAUAAGCGCUGCAGCUCAGCCAUGGCCGGCAGUACUAGACAUAGAUGGACAGCCUCUCCAAAGCGGUGUACAAUACUACGUACUGCCUGGAAUAACUGAUGUCGCGGGCGGUUUAACCUUGGUCAAUCGGAACAAGUCCUGCCCACUAUAUGUUGGCCAAGAACCCAUCCAACGCCCAAUGACAUCACAGGGACUCCCUAUAAUUUUCAAGUCAUUUGCGAAAGAAGAGACUAUCAUCAGGGAGUCCAGGGAUUUGACUGUUACGUUUCGAGCAUUCACUACAUGUAUUCAGUCUAAUGCUUGGAGAGUAGGGGAAGAUAACCCAGAAACAGGAAGGAGGUUUAUUGUUACUGGAGGAGAGGCUGAUUACUUUGCUAUCCAAAGUAGUGGAGAGGAUGUGUAUAAUUUUGUAUGGUGCCCUACCAAUUCUUGCCCAACUUGUGAUAGGCCAAGGUGUGGUUCUGCUGGUAUUUUCGUUGAGAAUGAUAAAAGGUUGUUGGUCUUGGAUGGCCCUGCUUUUCCCUUCAGAUUUUCAAGGGUUUAAGAAAUUGGGUACCGUGUCAAAUGUCGAAGAAAGGAUAGAGUUUUUGCAUUGUGUUCUUGUAAUAGUAAAUAAGUGACAUGGUGAUCUCUCUUUCACGCUGAAUGCUCGCCAUCCUGUUCUUCUAUUUAUUUGUAAAAUUAUGUUUUAAUAAGAUAUUUAUAUAAAUUAUAUUAAAAAACCUAUUUGCUUCUAGC